AGAGAAAAUUUUUUUGAGAGGAAAAAUGGUUGUUGAUGUGGGCCAAGUUCGUCGCCACCGUUGGAGCCUCGGCUCUGGCUUCGUCAUCGUCGUUGUCAGAGCCCUACCAUGGCCCUCAGCUUCCGCUCACAAUCCGAUGGCGGCGUCUGAAGAAGAAGAUGCCUGCACAGGUCUAGAUGGACGGCAGCUUCGACAUGAUGCCCCACGGCCAUUGCAACGCCUUCCGCCAGGCGCCUUCUACUAUUCCCCUCCUCUAUCCGAGUAUGAUACUCUCGGUACCUCCAUUGAAGCUGCUAUUGCUCAUCUUGGAACUGCUUUUAGUCAAGCGUGUUUGUCAUGCAACAUAUCUCAAGAAACUGUUGUAACAAUGCCCUCUUAUCACAAAGUUACUCAAGUUUUGCAGCAAUCUGAGACGAGCGGUGAGGUAGCACACCCAAGAUGGUUGGCUUCAGGGGUAUUUGAAUGUAAGAAAAGCUUAAAAUAUAAACAAGAAAAUGAAGUUGUAAGGAGAACUUUGGCGGUUACUGUCUUUUGAGGAAAGUUAGUGGUGUGCAAAAGAAGUGAAUUCAUCGUUUGCAAUCUCCGGUGACGUCAUACUGUUGUUUUACUCCACUUUUGCCUAAAAGUUUUCCCUUUGCCUUUACUUGAAGAGGUAGAACUAUUAGACACAAACAACAGGACAAAUAUAAGGCAAUUUGGAGGUCUUAAUUUCGAAAUUGGUGAAACAUCGGAGCGAAUAAAUCAAACAAAGGAACAUAGUGGAUUUCAAAAUUCAACAGGUAUCAAAUACAAUCUUCUUCCAAAUUUUAUUUAAAUUACUUUAUUAAUUUUUCUAUUUCUAGUUUCAUUUUGUUCAAAUUUCUUGUCAGAAGAUCAAUAUAAUAAGAGUGUACACAAAGACCACGCAUUACAAAUAUUGUAAACGAACCUGAAAAACUGAUAUCACCUACAUCAUGUUAAUAUUGCAAUGCAAAGAAAUUUGCU